UAGCGGAUUGCUUGAAUCAGAGUGCACUCCGAAGCGAGCGAAAAUGGGUGAUGACAAAACCAGCGGCAGCGAUUUGAGUUCUUUGAACGAACUUUUUGGCAGUGGUUUCAAUUUGUAUCUCGAAAUUGAGAAGUCAACUGAGAGUGCCAAUGAAAAGACCUACCAAGAUAAAGUGCGGGAGGCGACGGCACAGUUUGAGAAUGCGACGCACCUCGUCAACGAAAUUGGGAUCUUCAGCGAAAAUGAAGAACUCGACGAAGUUUCCACACGCCACCUAAAGUUUCUGCUGUUGCCGGCAUUUCUUGGUUCUCUAACGCAGAAGAGAGUUGCGACUGACCGAAGUGAAAUCCUGCGAUUAUCGGAGGUUUACUUCCGGGACUUCCUAACACGAUGUCGGAAUUACGGAGUCACCAGCUACGAAUUGCCCGAAGCAAAGGACGAUGAUUCUCCCGAGGAGAAGCCAGCCGCGAGUCCCAAGAAGUCUGAAACAGACAACCUUCUCGAUGCUUGCAGGAAGCGAAAAGAGAAGAUUGCCCGCUUCACAGAGCAGAAGGCCAUGGAGGAGCGUCAACGGCAGCUCAAGGAUCUCAUCAGCAAUGCCACGGCGGAUGACGAGGUCGUGAGGGAGUACUACACCGUGCUACUUAAAUAUUGGGUGAACAAUGCAAUCGAGGAACUGCGCAGCAUUGAAGAGGAGAAGCCCAUCCUCCAGUAUAUGGCCAAAAUGAAAGCACAGGGAAAGCCAACACACGAGGCAUCGACACAGCAGCAGCCCAAGAAGCCUCUGCGGCCCAUCAUCAUCACUCGCAAUGAGCUCCAGAAGCAGGUGUAUGGUGCCGGCUACCCGAGCAUCCCCAGCAUGACGGUCGACGAGUUCUACGCCAAGCGUUACCCCAAGCUCUCGGAACAGGAGUCCUCAAGUGCCGAAGCUGUCAAACCGUGGAGCCUGCAAGACUGGGCAGCAGAUCCCGAGAAGGCAUCGCGGGAGCUGGAGGAGGAAGAGGCCCAGAAAGAGCAGCUCAUCGAGGCUGACGACAAGGCAGCCCUGGAGUACAAGCGCGCCAUGGACGACUGGAAGGACGAAAAUCGAAGAGGAAGUGGCAACAGAAAAAACAUGGGCUGAAGAUCGAGAACAACCCUUCCUUUUUACAUGAUGAGAUUCCCAGUGAUCCAGUGGGCAUUGUGUAUUUAGUCAUCUGGCUUCGUAUAGCAUUGUGUUGUAAAACGAGCCUUCCAUUUGGGGCUCUUUUGUGCUUACAUGGAGUGUGUUAUUAAAUAAUGUUUUAAUUUUU